ACUUAACGUGAUGUCUUAGGUUGUGGUAGUCAGUGUAAUGUGGCAACGUGCGGUGAGCGAAGGAAUGAAGGGUGUAGCUGGUACUGCACGCCCCCCCCACCCCCCACCCCCCAACUGGAUAGCCACCUCACGGCAACAUGUGGUGGUUUUGCCGGGGAAGUAUGGUAAAAUGCUGGCACAGCAACUUGGGCAACUUGGUGUGCGUCCCUUUGAUGAGGCCCCAGUGUCUGAAAAGCUGAUGUUUCUGUGGAUCUUGUCUGCCUGUGUUUCAUCUUCCAACUCACCCAACCCUUUUCGUCUAGUGUUUUUAGCUGCUGAACUCUUCUCCUUCCUCGAAACCAGAUCUACUUCAUCCUUUAUUUAUUUAUUUAUUUUUGGGCUGCUUGGUGAUGACAAUGAUAAUGGUGGUGAUGGUGACAAUGGUGAUGGAAAACAAAGGGAUCUAUGGUUCUGCCCCUCUCCUUCUAUUUCGGUGGUGAUUGAGGAUGGUGAUGGAGGUGGAGGUUGUGAUGAUGAUGAGAUGCAAGGAGAUGGUCUAGAUUUACAGAAGGGAGAAGAAUUGAAAGAGAAGAAGAGGUGGGUUCUCGGAGAACCUAGACCGAGAAAGAGAAAAAAAAAAAGGGUCUGGGUUCUCGAGAGAACCUAGAUCAGGUUCUUCAAGAACCCGAGAGAAAAAAAAAAAAAAAAAGGAGGUGGGAACACGGUGAGAGGGAAAUGGAGACUAACGGAGAGUGUGAAAGUUAACGGAAAAAUAAAUGUGUAAUGGGAGUGUGGUAUGAAUGUGUGUGUGCCAAUCAUGGUUCUUUGAGAAAUAUGGAACAAAUCUCAAUUCGAAGG